AUGGCGUACCAGCGUCCUCUAGCGCUAUUUACCUUGCUCACCUUCAUUUUGGUGACAUAUUUUUAUUCACCACGUACAACUUCAUCGUCACCAUACCGAUACGUCUGCGACCUUGGUGCAUACACCCAUUUACCGUAUCUUCCUCCGAUUGAUGACGCCCCCAGCAGCCUCCUUGCAGCAGCAGCAGAGUAUGCAAGCUCAAAAGGCUUGCAAAAAACGACUUACACCCAUGUCUCACGAAUCAAUGGUCAACGAGGGACCUAUCACACAGACUGUUCAUGUUUCGUUUCGUAUUUACUCUAUACGACCGGUCUGACGGCACAUUUGCAAGAUGUGCCCAAAGAGCGCAAUGACACUGCUGUGGAUCCCCCCAUGCCUCGGGCACAAGAUUAUGCAAAUUUCAUUUAUGGCCUAAAUUCCACUCAUCCGAGAUGGAAACGCAUCCACCGUGUCUCAGAUCUCAUUCCAGGAGACUUGAUAACCUGGUCUAUACCCUCUCGAACAACCAACACAGGACACAUGAUGGUCGUCCUAGCAGAUCCUAUCACUAUACCAGUAUCAACAAAUGAAACCUGGGUCCAUGUUGCUGAUGCGAGUUCGAUUACUCAUGAGUGGGAUUCUGCGUGUCAUGAUGGUGUAUGUAAGAGAUGGGGUGUUGGACAGGGGUUUGUCAUGCUGUUAGAAAGGGCGGGUCGCAUUGUGGGCUUUAAAUUUCGGAGCGGGGCUAGAGAGCGGUGGUGGGAAGUCGGCGUGGGGAGGCUCUUGUGA